AUGUACCCAAAACGAAAAGGUAUCAGAUCCCUUCAACGUCGUUUCUUCUUGUGUUUGGUGGACCGCCAGAUUUCAAACGAGCUUUACGACGCUCAAAACUGCGAUGUCGUCGACUACGAGCUCGUGAAGGAGGAUCUCCUGCAUCUGAUGACAGACUCGCAGGACUUCUGGCCCGCCGAGUUCGGCCACUACGGUGGUCUUUUCAUCUGUUUGGCGUGGCACUGCAAUGGAUCAUACCGCCGCGCCGACGGCCGCGGUGGCUGCGACGGUGGUCGCAUCCGCUUCAACCCGGAACGCAGUUGGGCCGACAACACCAAUCUGGACAAGGCGCUCGACUUCCGACGUUCCUUUCGAGAGCAAGGGUGGCCCUUGUGUGGGGUUUUUGUGGCGGUGGCCGCGUCGCCGCUGACGGUUCGAGUAGUCUACAACUGGGCCCCGACGCCCGAGCCAGGAGAGUGUCGCUCCCGUGCCCCGGUGACGGCCAGUGCAAGGACCCUUCUGGGGUCCACUACCAUGGGUCUUAUCUACGUGAACCCCGAGGGCCCCAUGGGCAACCCCGACCCGGGUGGAUCGGUGGCCGAUGUGCGCGAUACAUUCGAGCGCAUGGCCAUGAACGACCGCGAGACGGUGGCGCUGAUCGGCGGCGGCCACGCCUUCGGCAAAACGCACGGCGCCUGUCCGACAGGCCCUGGGCCCGAUCCGACACAAGACCCUCUGAACCCCUGGCCCGGGAAACUGCGCGGCUUCGAAGGCGCAUGGACAUUCACGCCUACCAAGUGGGGCAACGGCUACUUCAAGGGUCUCACUAGCCUUGAGUGGGAGAAGUUCGACGGCCCCGGUGGCCAUGUGCAAUGGCGUCCCGUUCCUGAUACGACGCCGCCCGUGCGCAUGCUGACUGCCGACAUUGCCCUGCUGCACGACCCGAGCUAUCACAACAUCUCACUCGAGUUUGCUACCAACCAGACCGCCUUGGACGAGGAAUUCUCGCACGCCUGGUACAAACUGAUGUCGCGCGAUGUGGGCCCAGUGGCUCGCUGUCGCGGUAACAACGUGCCGCCCGCUCAGCCAUUCCAGAACCCGUUGCCGCCAACACCCGCUACGUUGCCGGACUUCGGUGCCGUGCGUUCGGACAUCCGUUCGCUGCUGACCACGUCCGUGGACGGUCUGACAAGCGACUCGAGCAAUGACGGCACGCCGUACAACGGUGCUCUGUGCGUGCAUGCUGCGUGGCAGUGCGCUUCGACGUUCCGUAUCACGGACUACGCCGGCGGCUGCAACGGCGUUCGCAUCCGCUUCUUGCCAGAAAAGGACUGGCCGGUGAGCGCAGGUGUGGACCAGAUCAUCGCUGCGCUUGAGCCUGUAAAGGAAUCGUACCCGACGCUGUCGACGGCCGACCUGAUCGUGCUGGCGGGCCAGGUGGCCCUGGAGGAUGCAGGCAACGUGACCAUCGACUUCGUGGGUGGCCGUACAGACGCUGAGAACGGCAACGGCACGGAAAUUCUGGCUCCGCGUCAGUACUACAACACGACCCUGAUCGCCGUGCGUGACAACAUCAAGAUUCUCGGCGUGUCUCCGUACGAAGCGGUCGCUUUGGCUGGCCGUCCACGCAGCGUGGCGCAGCAGAAGAUUCUGGGCUACAGCGGCUCGUACAGCAACAACUCGCUCACGCUAUCGAACGAGUACUUCCAGAUUCUCCUGAACGAGACGUGGACGGAGGUGUCCGAGAAGGAGUUCAAGGCGGACGGCAAGGACGUGUACAUGAUGGACACGGAUCUGGCGUUGUUGGCGGCUCCCGAGCUUAAGGAGGCAGUGCAGCUGUUUGCGUCGGAGGAGAACGUCUUCAAGCACGUAUUCUCUUCGGCCUGGGCCAGGGUAAUGACGGCCGACCAUUUCAACUCGAGCAGCUACUAAGGUUUGCAGAUGAGGAGUUGACACUUUACACUGUUUUGGAAACGCGGUAGAUUAAUAACGUAAUAAUCAAUGUUGAAUGAUCAACUCCC